AUGGCCGAUAUUGCACGAUUAUUCGCCAAACGCAACCUCGUGAAAGAGGAACUAAAGAAGCUAAAGAGGAAGAUUUGCGAAGAUGGUGUUCUUCAACCGAGUUUAGCACGAAGAAUGUUUUACGAACAGGCACUCCAAUGCCACUACAAGGAAUAUCGACGAGUGUGUUUCGAGCUUUUGUCCACACUUCCACCCGAGAGGCACGAUGAGCUCGACAAGGAUGCCUCGCAUUUUGAGGAUAUUCACGCGGAUGCAUAUGUACUGGUGGAAAAGUUGUUCCAUUCCUUCCCGUCUACCGGUAACAUGCAUCAAAACGACAGAAUGCCAUCAUCCAGCUGCUUCACUGCGACGACUGCGCCACGGUGGCGUACCCCUCCGAUCCGAAGCCGAAUAACGACACCAACGACGGAACAUCCCGUUCCGAUUUCCGCUGUGAACGAAACGCCACGCACGUCAUUUCCGAACAAAAUCAAGGUUAGUACGAUUUUCGCAGACCCAAUCCAGAACAAGAAGCCGCUACACGAUGAAGAUUCCGCCAAGAACACGACUCCUCCGACGAGCCAGAAGGAUUCACGUGUCGGAAACGAGCCGACCGAGUUUGUCAACAGCAAGACCGAAGACUCGAAGACGAUGACGAUCCCGAUGCCAACCGGACUCGGUCCGGUACUGAUGCCGUUUCGCCCACCUCCUGGAUUCCAUCCGACGCCUGAACGGAACCCGAUGCCAACCGGAAUGCCUCCGGUGUCCCAGUGCCCGAUCGGUGCCUCUCCGGUACCACAGCCGCUCCAGACUACGACCGGUUCUCAACCGGUAUCCCAGCCACCCUCAUCAACGACCGGUUCCCUGUCGGUAUUUCAUUCGCUCCAGUCCAAGUCCGACACUCAUUCCGACAUGGAAGCAGUCCCGAUGCGUGACCGGAUCUUGUCCGGUGCUCCAGAUCCCGUACGUGGCCAAAUCCGUUCCGACGCCGAAGCUUCCAACCGCGAUGACCGGAUUUCGUCCGGUGCAAGACCAGUACCCGUGUGCUGUCGAAUCACAUCCGAAGCGUCCCGAUGUAGCCGGACUUCCUCCGGUAUCGAUGCCGUUCCUGUCAACAGCCGAAGCUUCACCGGUAACUAUGCCAGCCCUGAUCUCCAUCGGUGCCAGCCCGGUGAAGAAGUCAGCCAUUACGCCCGUCGAUGCUCGUUCGGCGACCAAGCCGACCACGAUGUCCGCCGGUUCCCCUCCGGUGGUCAAGAUUAUCUCGCCGUCCACUGGAGCCAGCCAGUGGGCAAUCCCGCCACGAUGGCCGUCGGUUCUCGUCCGAUGGUCAAGCUGACCCUGAUCCCGAUGUCCACUGGAACCAGUUCAGUGGGCAGUUCCGCCCUGAGGUUCACCGAUGCCUGUUCGGUGAUCAAUUACGCCCCCGUGUCCACCAGUUCCCCUCCGGUGGUCAAGACGAUCUCGCCGUCCACUGGAGCCAGUCCAGUGGGUAGUUCCGCCCCGACGGCCGUCGGUUCUCGUCCGAUGGUUAAGCCGACCCCGAUGUCUGCUGGAAACAGUCCAGUGGGCAAUUCCGUCCAGAGGUCCACCGGUGCAAGUCCGGUGGUCGAGCCGAUCCUGAUGUCCACUGGAAACGAUUCAGUGGGCAACUACGCCCUGAGGUCCACCGAUACCCGUUCGGUGUUCAACUACGCCAAGAUGCCCGUCAGUUCCAGCCCGAUGGUCAUGUCGAUCCUGACGUCCACCGGUGCUCAUCCGAUGGUCGAUUCCGUCCCGAUGUCUGUCGGUCCCUUUCCGGCAGCCAAACCGACCUUGACGCAUAUCGAAGCCAACCCGCCAAGCCAAAAGUCCACUAGAACGAGUUCAGUGGUGAAGCCGACCGUGAUACCCACCGAAGCCAAUCCGGAAGCAAAACCCUUCGACGAUUCAGCCGGUUUACGUCCGGUAGCCAAGCCAUCCCCGAAGUCCACUGGUCUCCAUCCGGUGAUCCAGUCAAACCCGACGUUAUCCAGCACUGUUGCAGUGAACCUGCCGGCCCCAACAAUGAAGAUCAACGAGACAAAUCGAACGAAGAAGCGAACCCCACCGAUAGCCGGAACCCGUCCGGCACGCAAUCGAGUCCAGAGCAGGACACAUCAAGUGCAAACCCCGAAGACAACAGAAAUCCGCCCUGCAGCAAGUUGUGCCCUCAUGCCCUUUGGAAUCCGUCCGAUCACGAAAACUUCAACGAGGAAGCAAUGGAUCGUGGUGGCCCUGAAGUUCGAUCAACCACUACUGGAUCCGCCGCCGGUCAUCACGACUGGUGCUUUCGAACAGCUCCAUUCCGGCAUGCGGCCGAGGAAACCACCUGACGAACCUCCGAACCAAACUCGACCCAGCGAAGCCAUCGUGGAGCGCGUGUCCCAACCGCGUCCACCCAACAGUCCAAUCAGAGACGAUCAAGCACUACAGUUCACGAUAGUUCCUCAUUUCCUGGCCGGGGAGUAUGUUCGCGCCAGCGCGAAGGAAUAG